AUGUAUAUACAAAUAUAUACUCAAUACCAGUUUAGAGCUGCUGGCAGACAGGCCUUCGGCGAAGUUGACAUUCGCAACCUCUUCUGGAAGAAUUUCUCUGUCGUCACCUUCGACUGGCCGCCUGCCCGACAGGGCCUGUCGUCAAGACACUGUCGCACAGGUCCCGGUAGAUCGGCGAGGCUAGAGGCAUGGAGACACGUCACGGUUGGUCGUGACUAUGCAACAGCUUUUGUCGUUCAUUUUCUUCACAAAGUGAAGAAUGGAAGAGACGAGUUAACUUUGUUCUACAGUUUGCCCAGUUUGCCCAGUUUGCCCACGGAAAGCUCCGAUUGA